AACAAAUCAGACCAAAAAAAGUCGUCCACCCUCGAAUUGACCUGCUCUGUGUCCACAAACCCAAAAGUGACCCUAUGGCUGCAGUUUCCGCGACAACUGUGAUAGACAGCGACGGCACCCGGCGCCAGAGAGUUGAUCCAGGUCUUCUUACUCUGCUUGCUGACUAUGACAUACAUCGAUCGACUCCAGAGCCAAACGAUGGCUAUGUGCAGAUUGCUGGUCAGUGGCGUCAUCGUCAACCGGACGACUUCGAUCCGACUCUUGCAGCCCAUCCGACAGUUGCACGACCCGUUUCAAAUCCAGAUUGGUGGGAAGAUACAUACAGGAGAGUGCCAGUGUUUCGUCCAGUCAACAGAGAGCUUGAUUUAGAGGAGAGGCGACAGAAUGCGGUUUUCAGAACAGUAGGGGCAGUCAUGGUAUUCGGUUGCAUGACGAUUGCUUCAGCCAGCUGGACCUGGAGGAACACGAUUGGUAGAGUGACCGAUAUUGGACUAAACCAGGUUGGUGGCGAGUGGUGA